CAAGGAGGAAUCCAAAAUGAAAAUCAAAGCCAAGUUCCAACACAAUAAUUCCAAACGUAUUGAGUGGCUAAAAAGCAGUGAUGGAGAAGUAUGGGUUUGGGUUAUGGGAGAAGCUCAGGGGGACAAGCCUUAUGAACAAAUCUGUGAGGAAAUUAUGACAGAGAGAGCAAGAAAUCAAGCUCAGAAGGAAGCAGAGGAACAAUGGAAGCAGAAAGAGGCAGAAAUUAAAAAGAAGUUCCGAGAUGCCAUGGCCAAAGAAAAAGCAAGAAUAGUUGCUGAAAAAUGGAAAGUUGAGAUUGAGGAUCGAAAAGCAGCAAAAUUAGUAGAGAUGAGAUUUCAGGAAGAAUUAAAGAAACGAGAAGAUGAGGAAAGGAGAAGAGGUGAAGAGCAAAUUCGCCAGAGAGAAGAGCUACGCGCAAAAGAGCUCUACCUGAGUCUAAAGAAAGCACAGCUACAAAGUCAACGCAAUGAAAAUGAGGAGCAAGAGUGGCAAGAACAAUUGCGCAAGUCAAAGGCUGCAGAUGAAGAACGCAAACACAAAGCUCGCAGAGCAAGGGCUGAAUAUCAUCGUCAAUCUUUGCGGGCCAUUCAGAAAGGAAAGGUAGCUGGACUGAGUAACUUAUUCCAAAAUGCCAACCUAAGCAAUGGGCAAGAAUCAAGUCAAGAAAACAGCAGUUUAUCAUCUGUUAAACUUCAAGUGCCAGUUCAAAAAGUAUGGGAAAGACCAGCUCGUCCAAUAUCCAAGGAUGUCAUUGUUCGUUGGUUUAAGGAAGAACAGAUUCCACGACGUGCCGGUUUGGAAAAGGAUAGUGGACAAAUUGCAUCCUGGUUUCAUGGAAUCAUAAGCCGUGAAUCUGCAGAAAAGUUGCUAAUGAACAUGCCUGAGGGUUCCUUCCUUGUUCGUGUUAGUGAGAAAAUCUGGGGUUAUGCUUUGUCUUAUCGACAUCAGACUGGCUUCAAGCAUUUCCUAGUUGAUGCUUCAGGAGAUUACUACAGUUUUCUUGGUGUUGACCCAAACAGACAUGCAACUCUUACUGAUCUCAUUGAUUUUCACAAGGAGGAGGUCAUUACAAGUUCUGGAGGAGAGGUGCUGGUGGAACCAUGUGGACAAGCACAGUCCCCACCUGACUUUAGUAUAUUAUUUGAAUGA